AUGAUGUCGUCUUCAACGUUCGACAAGCAAGGAAAAGCUGCCGGAUGCCGCGGACCCCUGGCUGCUCAAGCUGCCGCCCAAGAUUUCAACAGACGACAUGGAGAUGACGCGCUCAUCUUCCGCAUCUGGGACUACACGUCGGCCCCGAGCGCCGUCCGCUACGUCCCCCGAUUUUGUUACCAAGGGUUUAGGGCUUUCUACAACAACCUGAUGCGCGACACGGUGCUCAGCAAAUUUUCAGGAUCGAUUCGUCGGCUGCAACCAGUUCUGCAUCAGCUCGAGCAGCUUCCCUCUGAUUUCGAGGAGCAAAAGGAUCGACAACGCGGCGUCGACUUCAAGCCGUUUUUCAUCAGCUCGGGCUGCAGGUUUCGUGGAGCAAUAGGAAACGCAACGCCCUGGGGAAGACCCCGCCUUUGCGCCCUUCUUCGACAUCUUCUCACGCAGGAUCGACAACGGGACGCGCCUUCUAAGCAGUUCUCCAUCAUCAGACCGCUUCUACCGAGAUUUGGAGCAGCACGAGGAAACGUCAAACGGCUUGGCGAUGAGCCCGUCUUCGCCUCCUUCCACAUCUACAGACCCAGGAUCUUCAACGCGACGCCGACUUCAAGCAGUUGCUCAUCAACUCGGGCGGUUUCCCGCCAGAUUUCGAGCAGCAAGAGGAACGCCGAACGGCUUGGUGAUGAGCCCACCGCCGCCACUCCUGCCACAUCUGCGCGUCCAGUUAUCACCCAGGAUCGACAACGCGACGCCGACUUCAAGCAGUUCUUCAUUAUCUCGAGCGGCUUCUUCCCCUCAGCCCGAAAGGUAAGGCAGUGCAAAGCACAGCCGGAAGCCGAGGAGGAGCAGAAGCUCGAGCUACUGAAGAACAUCGAUGUCAAGGAGGACGACAAGAGG